GGGCAGAUAGCGCCGGCCGGCGGGCCGCGCUGCCCGCGCCCGGCCAGAGUACAGCGACGCUCCGACGGCGAUCCACCGGUCACUCGGCGCGCGGCGGACAGCGACACACCAGCCCGGCGUCCACCGUCCUCCUCCACAGCGUCUCCAGCAGAUCCACCCGCCGCCAGCUCUCCUCGGCGCCGGUCCGCCGACGCGGCUCGCUCGGAGACCUCCACUGCCGCCCGUCGCGAGUCGCCAGUCGUCGUCGGUGGCGGCGGGACCCGCGCUCCGACCGUCGGCCGCGUCGCAGGUGACGCCGACCCGAAAUAGCCGACCGGACCGGCCGCUGGAACGGACUCCAGCCGACCGAACGCGGCGGUGUCGACCACGUGCCACGAGCUGAGCAGGACGUGAGACGGUGCGCCGUGAGCGGACGUGGCUCGGACGUGAGCAAGACGUGAGCGGGAAGUGAGCUGAAGACGUUAUCAAGUUUGUGAGCUGACAGACAAGCCCGAAGGUAGACUCUGCUGCUGUGUGAGAGCCCGGUGUCGCUGCGGGAGCUGCGGCGGCCGCAGUGUCAUGCACAGAGACCAGGUGGCUUCGGAGAAGGCGGCCAGUGAUCAGGCGCUGAAGCUCACCUCGCUGAACGCGCUGGCGGGAAAGAUAGCGCCGCCGCCGGCGGGCGCGCCCGGCGGCCCCGGCGCGCCCGUGGCACCCGCCGACCUCAAAUCUAGAACGGUCCCGUCAGAUGGCAGCAGCAACGGACGCGUGUCGCGGGACCAGCCCGAUGCGGACGCCAUCAAGAUGUUCGUGGGCCAGGUGCCACGUCACAUGAACGAGAACGACAUCCGUGGCAUGUUUGAGGAGUUCGGGCCGAUCCACCAGAUCAACGUGCUGCGGGACAAGAUCACAGGUCACAGUAAAGGCUGCUGUUUCGUCACAUUCUACACGAGAAAAGCCGCGUUGCAAGCGCAAAACCAGUUGCACAACGUCAAAACCCUUCCCGGAAUGCACCAUGCAAUCCAGAUGAAGCCAGCAGACACAGAAAAUAGAAACGAGAGGAAGCUGUUUAUUGGUAUGCUGAGCAAGAAGUACAAUGAAAAUGACGUUAGGGAAAUGUUCCAGUCCUUUGGUCAAAUCGAAGAGUGCACCGUUCUUCGGGAUCAAAAUGGAAUCAGUAAAGGCUGUGCCUUCGUCACGUUUGGCUGUCGGCAAUUCGCCAUCGCUGCCAUCAAGGCCAUGCACCAGGGACAGACUAUGGAGGGCUGUUCGUCGCCGCUGACGGUUAAGUUCGCCGAUACUCAGAAGGAGAAGGAUGCUAAGCGACUCCAGGGAGUGAGUUCGGCACUCUGGGGCGCGCCCGUCGCCGCGCCGAUGCCCGUCAACCCUCAGUACCUGGCGCUCCUUCAGCAGUUGAACGGAGCGGGAGGUAUGCCUCCGCUGGCCUCCAUACCCGGCCUGGGAGGAAUGCCGGGCUCGCAGCUGCUGCCGCAUCAACUGCAAAAUGGACACGGACUGCCUGGUCUUUCCGGUCUUCACCCGGCCGCCGGUAUGGUGCUGGGGCCCAACGGAGAGCCUACCCCGGACAUGGCCGGCGCCGGCCUGCCGCCCUUCGCCGCCAAUGUACCAGAUCUCAGCUCCGUCAGCCUGGCCUCGCUGGCGGCUAUGGGCCACAAUGGCUCACCUCUUCCUGGCAUGCCUUACGGAGCGUUCGCCGGACAGACGUCGGCGGCGUCUCCGAUCCCGUCGGUACCGUCGCUGUCGAUGACCGGCGCGUCGGCGCCGCUGAGCGGUCUGGGCGCCGGCGCCGGACUCGACUCGCUCGGCUCCUACCCCGCGCUCCAGCAGUACUCAGGGUAUCCAGCCUACUCGGCGCCGGCGCUGGCCGCCGGCUCGGGCCGCCAGACCGAGGGCCCCGACGGCUGCAACCUUUUCAUCUACCACCUGCCGCAAGAGUUCACCGACUCCGACCUGGCGCAGUCCUUUCUGCCAUUCGGUAACGUCAUUUCCGCCAAGGUGUUCGUCGACCGUCAGACCAACCUGUCCAAGUGUUUCGGGUUCGUCUCAUACGACAACCCGAGCAGCUCCCAGGCGGCCAUUCAGGGUAUGAACGGCUUCCAGAUCGGCACCAAGCGGCUCAAGGUGCAGCUAAAACGCUCCCGGGACGCCUCCAAGCCGUACUGACCGCUGCCGCCGCCGCCCAACGCGGAAUUGCUUGCGUGAGAGGCAUGUGCGCGCUGCGUGUGGCAGGCCGGCCGGCCGCGUCCCUGUCCCUGGUGCCGUCUGUGCCGCUGUCGCCGCUGGAUGGCAGCACUGGCGGCAGCGCCGCUCAGCUGAGCCGCCGGCCGGCCGGGGCGGGUUCGCGUCCCGUCGCCGCCGGCCGAUACGUCCGCUGUUUGUGCAGCUUCCGUAGUGGUUUGUCGUCGGCCCCCGAUCUUCAGUUUCGUCCGUCUUGUGAUUGCUUUUGUGAUUUUGGAUGCGUUUUCGUGUACGCGUGUGCGCAGUCCGGUCCACAUCAGGUGACGUACACUGAUGACGUGUAGUGACGUCAAUAGCUAUGUGGGCUGAUCGUGCUGUCGAGACCUGUGCCCAAUUUCAGAAACAACGAAUCGCGUGUCCUGGACGAAAUGGCACCACAAAGCUCUCGGUACAAAAUAGUUGUCCUCUCUGUAACCACAUCAGGUCAAGUCCGGUAUUUUUGACAUUACCCCCGUGACAAGUCUUCUACCUUUAAAUUCAUUUAUGCCGUGCUGACGUAGUAAGACAAUAGUGCGCAACUGCUUGAAUAUCUGCUUUUAUGCCGCACGAAAGGUGAUUGAUGUUUUCACUCUAAUGUGCGUGUUUACCGUCCAACUUCGCAAGUUUUUCAUCUUACCAACUUUGUGCCAAACGUAUCGUUCGGAAUGAGAACGCCCGAAGUCGGCCAAACCCUGUCAUGAAAUGUUGAGAAAAAAAAAACUCCCACAUUCUCUAUGCACGACUUGCCCCGAAUAAGUUCUUCCUGACCAGAGGGAUACGAAUGAGCCCUCAGAAAACUGUGCAUUGGAGGCAGCGUAUUGCAGUUGCCUUGUUAAUUUCGCACAGGUGCCUCGUGAAGAGGUGAGACAUGUUAUGUAAAUCAUUUAUGCGACGGUCUUAUCAACAGGUAACAUCUCUCCGUGUGAUUCUCUCUUUCUAGCUCGACUCAUCCCUCUGUCCAAUCGUGCCAGGAUAUUCUUGACUCGACCUAACAUAAUCCCUCCGUCACUAACCAUCCUUAAUUCGCACUAAUCACCCUAAAAAUCGUACUUAAUUGACGUGCCGCGUCAGGCCCAGGGCGGUGACCUGCCCCGGCGGUAACUGAUAGAUAGUGAUGAACUGCAGGGUUUAAAGGCCGCCUUCUAAGGAACGGUCUGAUGCGGAGUGGCCGCGGCAGCUCGGAAAAUAUCACUGGCAAUGGUAGUGAGUAGCGCACUGAGUGACGAUGAGUAUGUGCCUGUGGACAAAUUGCAGCUGUGCGGGGGAUGAGUGAGAUUGAUUCAGCCGGUGCGGGAUAUGAUCAUUACAUAGCCGGAAAGUUCAA